AUGAGUACAGACUUCCACAAACUCCUUUUUGACAUUUCUGAGGCUUUGGUCGCAGAUGAACUGGCAGCUCUGAAGUUCCUCAGCCUGGAGCACAUUCCCAUGAGGAAGCUGGAAGCCAUCCAGGAGCCCAAGGCAUUCUUCGAAGUGCUGCAGGAGAAAGGCAUGGUCGAGGCAGGGAACCUGUCCUUCCUGAAGGAGCUGCUUUAUCGGAUCAGUCGGAUCGACCUCUUGGAAGCCCAGCUGGGCUCCAGCCGAGAGGAGAUGGAGAGAGAGCUUCAGAUCCCAGGCAGGGCAUGGGUGUCAGCCUACAGGCAACUGUUAUAUGGAAUUGCAGAGGACUUGACUCCAGAAGAUGUCAAGAGCGUGAAGUUCCUGCUCCAAAAACGAAUACCAAAGAACAAGCUUCAGGAUAAUGCUUCGAUGUUGAAGGUCUUACUGGAAAUGGAAAGAAAUGGGCUAAUUAAAGAAGAUGACCUGGCAAUGCUGAAAUAUAUAUUAAAGGGAUUUAGAGCUGACGUAAAGAAAAAAAUUGAUACCUAUGAAGAAAAAAAAAAAGAAAGUGAUUCUAAGGAAAAACUCCACUAUCCAAUGUCCAUGUCUGUGCAUCCAGGAGCAGAGGGUGAGACACCACACCUGCUUGUGGAAUCAUAUAAGAUGAAAAAUAUCCCCCAUGGUUACUGUGUGAUUCUUAACAACUACAUUUUUAAAAAUCCGUAUGAAGCCAGAGAAGGAACAGUGAAAGACAAAGAGGCUGUGGAAAGGGUCUUUAAGUGGCUUCAGUUUGAGACAGUUGAGCACAUGGAUCUAGAAGCAAAGCAAAUGUAUGCAAAAAUUAAAGAAUACAGCAAAAAAGAUCAUAGUAACAUGGACUGUUUUGUUUGCUUCAUUUUUUCCCAUGGUGAGAAAGACAAAAUAAAAGGCGUUGAUCAUAAGUUUGUAAAUAUUAAGGACUUACUCUCCUGCUUCAGUGGAUCUAAUUGUCCUUCUCUUGCUGGCAAACCCAAGCUGUUUUUCAUCCAGGCUUGCCAAGGCUCUGUAGGUCAUCCAGGUGUCACAGUAAAAGAAGACUCUUCUGGCCAUCUUGAGAAGGAUGCUACCCCUCUGACUUCCAUUCCUGAUCAGGCUGAUAUUCUGGUUGGCAUGGCUACAGUGGAAGACUAUGAGUGCUACCGCUGUACAGAGACUGGCAGUGUUUAUGUUCAAUGCCUCUGUGACAAGAUGAAGUUGCUUUGCCCACUCCGCAAGGAUCUCAUAACCAUCCUGACAGAAGUGAACAAGGAAGUGGGAGGAAGAGUAUUAAAUGGAUGGAAGCAGAUGCCAAAGAUAACAUCAACCCUACGGAAACAAUUGAUCUUCCAAAUUCCACAAAGUCCAUCAAUUGAAAAGUAG